GGGAGGGCGUCCCGGGCCCUCCCGCCCGGCCCCGGCGGGGCUCUCCGCGCCCCGACCAUGGCCCAGAAGCCGAAGGUCGACCCCCACGUCGGGCGGCUGGGGUACCUGCAGGCGCUGGUCACGGAGUUCCAGGAGACGCAGAGCCGAGACGCCAAGGAGCAGGUCCUCGCCAACCUUGCCAACUUCGCCUAUGACCCCAACAACUACCAGUACCUGCGGCAACUGCAAGUCCUGGAUUUAUUCCUCGACUCGCUGUCCGAGGAGAGUGAAACGCUGGUGGAGUUUGCAAUUGGAGGCCUCUGCAACCUGUGCUCAGACAGGACCAACAAGGAAUACAUCCUGCAGGCAGGGGGCGUCCCACUCAUCAUCAACUGCCUGUCCAGCCCCAACGAGGAGACGGUGCUGUCCGCUGUGACCACGCUCAUGUACCUGAGCUCACCACGCCCUGGCUCUCACCCCGAGCUCACCUCCAUGCCAGUCAUCCAGUGCAUGCUGCGCUUCUCUCUCUCGGCCAGCACAAGGCUCCAGAACCUGGCCCAGAUCUUCCUGCAGGACUUCUGUUCCCCAGGCCAGGUGGCUGAAGCCCAAAGCUGGCAGGCGCACUCUGCUCUGGGUAUCCCACUGCCAAGGAAUGAGACCCCCCAGCAACCCUGAUCCAGGGAGACUCCCGCGGCUCUAGCAUCCCUGCUACCAGAGACCACCCUCUUGAAGGGCAAAGGGGCAGACGGCUGAGGAAGUCCCUGCUGCAGCAGCAGUACCGUCUUCAGGGUGAGGUUUUUCAGCACGGGUCUCACACGGGUAAAACUAGACCGAGAUACAUACAUGGAGAAGGGACCAAAAGCUAGUGCCGCUCAUGGGGGGGGCUGGCACUCAACACACUAUAAAUGAAGGACCUACCUCUGGUCCCCCACUGCCAGGCUCACACCCCCGUAGGAUGUGCAGGCUUCAGGUGUGCAGGGUGGACUGUGAGCAGUGGUUGGGACCAUGGCAUUAAAGGAAAGCUAGGGAGAUGCCACGCCCCUCCAGGGCUGUGCAAGACCAUACCACCACUCAUCUCCAAGUUGGGCAUUUGAGCAUGGCAGACACUGACCCAGGUAACUACAGCUCAGGAGUAGCUGUCUACACAACCCUCCAACCUACUGUGUAUCCUGUGAGGAAUACAAAGAUGGAGAUGUGCUCCCUGCCCUUGUUGAUGCAGCCCAAUGACUGCUAAUAUGACCAGCAGACAGCAAAGCUUGGUGUGGUGACACACAACUGUAAUCCCAGAAAGGCUCAUAAGAGGCAACAAGAUCACAGGUUCAAGGCUAGCCCAGACUACAAAAUCCAAAAUACUUUAAAUAAAGAUUGCCAGAAGCUGGGCACUGUGUAAUCCUAUCUACUCAGAAGGCUGAGAUCUGAAGAUCAUGUUCAAAGCCAGCCUG